UGCGCUCACUUUGCGGCCGGCAGUUGCGAGGCAAGUUUGUGAGGAAGAGACGUACGGUUCGAUAAAACAUUACGCAUUAUAACAAAAUCAUGCUUCGAUUACUGAACGGAAUCAGAGCCGCUCGUGCCUUUUCAUCAUCGGCUAUUCCGGCACCGGAAGUUAAUCCCAGCAUCUUGUACAGCGGGAUUUUCAUUAACAACGAAUGGCACCGUUCCAAGUCAGGGAAAACUUUCCCGACAAUAAACCCUGCGACGGGAGAAACUAUCACAGAAAUUCAGGAGGGUGAUGCUGCGGAUAUUGACAUUGCCGUUCAGGCAGCCAAGAAGGCUUUCAAAAUUGGUUCGCCCUGGAGAACGAUGGACGCGUCUCAACGGGGCGUUCUUCUUCACCGCUUAGCCGAUCUUCUGGAACGGGAUCGCAAAUACCUUGCGUCUUUGGAAACGCUGGAUAAUGGAAAACCAUACACCGCUUCGUACACGAUGGAUCUUAAGGGCAGCAUCGAUACUCUUCGUUAUUAUGCAGGCUGGGCUGACAAAAAUCACGGAAAAGUUAUUCCCUCGGAUGGAAAUUACCUCACUUACACGAGACACGAGCCAGUAGGUGUUUGCGGCCAAAUUAUCCCCUGGAACUUUCCUAUCCUUAUGAUGGCCUGGAAAUUAGGACCGGCGCUGGCAACUGGAAACGUAAUCGUGUUAAAGCCGGCUGAGCAAACAUCGCUGACGGCUUUGUACAUCGCCCAGCUUACAAAGGAAGCUGGUUUUCCUGAAGGUGUAAUUAACGUCGUUCCUGGAUACGGUAAUGCAGGAGCAGCUCUCGUCGCCAAUAAGGAUGUCGACAAAAUUGCCUUCACCGGAUCCACGGAAGUGGGGCGACUGAUUCAGCAAGGAUCCGGCGUGGGAAAUCUGAAGAGGACCACCUUAGAAUUGGGGGGAAAGUCUCCGAACAUCAUUUUCAAGGAUGCAGACUUCGAUCAGGCCGUUGAAUUGGGUCACUUUGGACUAUUUUUCAACGCGGGGCAAUGCUGCUGUGCCGGAUCCAGAACUUACGUUGAGGAUGCAAUUUAUGAUGAAUUUGUCGAAAAAAGUGCAGCCCGUGCCAAGAGGAGAACGACCGGAAACCCGUUCGAUGCGAAAACAGAACAGGGUCCUCAGGUGGACGAAGAGCAAAUGAACAAGAUUCUAGGUCUGAUCGAAUCCGGAAAGAAAGAAGGAGCGAAACUUGUUACUGGAGGAGAACGAGUUGGCGACAAAGGAUGUUUCGUUGCACCAACUGUAUUUGCAGAUGUCAAAGACGAUAUGACCAUCGCCAAGGAGGAAAUCUUUGGGCCAGUUCAGCAAAUAUUGAAGUUCAGUAGCUUGGACGAUCUAAUCGAACGUGCGAAUAACACAGAUUAUGGAUUAGCAGCGGCAGUAUUCACUAAGGACAUCGACAAGGCCAAUCACUUGAUCCAGGGACUUAAAGCCGGAACUGUGUGGGUGAACACGUACAACGCAUUAGUGCCACAAACACCGUUUGGUGGUUUCAAAAAUUCCGGACAUGGACGAGAAAUGGGAGAAUACGGUCUUCAGGCUUACACAGAGGUCAAGAGCGUCAUUGUUAAACUUAACCAGAAGAACAGUUAAAUUGCUGGAACCUAAAAUUGUACCUACUACAUGUAGAUAUAAUGAGCAUCUUAUUGAAGAUAAAGAUGAAUUUUUUUUUUCUUUUCCUAUCAGACAUGUAAGUCUUAUUUUUAAUAUUUCUACGAUUACGUUUAUACUGUUUUCAUACUGUUAGAUUUUACAUUAAUGAAAUUACGUGAUUUCGAACAUGAUUGUAAACCAAAAGUCUUAUACCACACUUGCAGUAAAUAAAAUAGUCAAGUGAAUAUACG